CCGAGAAUUGUCUAGCGAGGUUCAUUGACAGACGAAGAAAGCUCGCUGUGAACGUUACAUUCGACAUUCGGGAAUCGGGUAAAAUGGUAACUGUUCCUGCACUAUCAUUCCUUGUUGCUGCCAUGGCAAUGGCAGUCAACGCUGGCCCAAUGGACUUUUUCAAGAACUGGCAAAUUGCUUACAAAUGUCCAAGAGAUUUUGUCAAGUCCAAGUUUCACUACUACGCGCCCUACGUGAACCACGUGCAGGUGCUGCUCGACCUUCAGGCCGUCGACAAGGAUAACAACGACGACAUCACCGCAUCAGAACUCGCCGACUUGUCUCCUCUCAACUUCAAUCUGAGAACUGGAGUAUCACGUUGUGAGUACGUCAAAACAUACGGAGAGCGCUACGGACUGAAACCAGUGAUCGCUAGUUUCCUGUUCACGGAUGCCGACGUCAACAAAGAUGGCGUCUUCACCACUGCUGACGUCACAAUGCCAAGAGUAGACAAAAAUGGUGAUGGUAAGAACAGUGUGUGCGAGUUUUAUAACGCAUUCCUGGGUAUUAUCGACCUCGCAGGAAAGGAUGACUACGAUCGUAAGAAGCAGAUUCGUCAGAUCAAAGCUGACACCGACCACUACAACGACAAAAACGCCAAGGACUGGCUCGGCAUGUUCUGGCAUUUCUUCAAGAACUGGAACUAGCCGUGUGUCCAGACAGUCACCAGUAAACAAUGCCACAGCAAAUCAGAGUCAACUGUAAACAAUACAUUAAUCGUCGCGUCUGUCAUUUGUGUAAAUGGAAAGCGGUUUGCAGAGAAUCGGCUGUUUCAAAGUUAAAUAUGUAACUAGAUAUUUUGAUGUUAAUGAAAGCAGAAUUGCUUUGUAUAUGUCUGAAUUAUUUCAAUAUUAAAAUGACUGGCUAUUUCAAUGUUGUGUUUGUUGUUGUUGUUUAUACAGUUUAUUGAACAAUACUAUACACUGACGUGAUAUUUUGAAACCCUUUUGAAGAUAAAUGAGUAGUGUG